GGGAAGGGGUGGUGGCGCAGUUAGCGUGGCGCAGGCGCAGUGCAGGGGGAGUUUACUGAGCCCUAGACAGCUGGAGGAGAUAAACAGAGGAGGGGGCUGGGGAGGGAGGGAGUCCCAGCCAGCCUGGGGCUGCGGAGCAUGGCGAGGGGCUAGGGCGGCCAGCCCCACCCGCCCGCCGAGGGAUCCUCCUGGCCCGGCCCGGGGGCCGGGCUGUCGCCUGCAUGGAUGGAGCCUCUCAACUUCCACUCGCUGCGGAGCGUGCGCGCUGAGGAGGCCUGACAGGUAAUUAAAUGUCUUUACUGUGGAUCUCUGCUUUGUUGGAAUGCUUGAAUGCACUGCAGCUCCUCCUAUAGCUUUCUUUUGUCUGCCUCAUUGUGAGAAGAUGGCAAAAGUAAACAUUACUCGAGACCUCAUCCACAGGCAGAUCAAGGAGAAGGGCGCCCUGGGCUUUGAGCGGCACUAUCACGUCACUGACCCAUUCAUCCGACGCCUGGGCCUAGAAGCAGAGUUGCAGGGUCACUCUGGAUGCGUCAACUGUCUGGAAUGGAAUGAGAAAGGAGACUUGCUGGCUUCUGGCUCCGAUGACCAGCAUACCAUUGUGUGGGAUCCCCUGCAUCACAAGAAGCUUCUUUCUAUGCACACAGGGCAUACUGCAAAUAUCUUCUCUGUCAAGUUCUUGCCACAUUCAGGGGAUCGGAUCCUCAUCACAGGAGCUGCAGACUCCAAGGUGCAUGUUCAUGACUUGACUGUCAAGGAAACCAUCCACAUGUUUGGUGACCACACCAACAGGGUCAAGCGUAUUGCCACGGCCCCAAUGUGGCCCAACACCUUCUGGAGCGCAGCAGAGGAUGGGCUCAUCCGACAGUAUGAUCUGCGAGAAAACAGCAAACGCUCAGAAGUCCUGAUAGACCUUACCGAAUACUGUGGGCAGCUGGUGGAAGCCAAGUGUCUCACUGUCAACCCCCAGGAUAACAAUUACCUAGCUGUGGGAGCCAGUGGGCCCUUCGUACGGCUCUAUGAUAUACGCAUGAUCCACAACCACAGAAAAAGCAUGAAGCAGAGUCCCUCAGCGGGAGUCCACACGUUCUGUGACCGGCAGAAACCCCUUCCGGAUGGUGCGGCGCAGUACUACGUGGCAGGGCACCUUCCAGUGAAGCUGCCAGACUACAACAACCGGCUGAGAGUUUUAGUAGCCACAUACGUCACCUUCAGUCCUGAUGGCACGGAGUUGUUGGUCAAUAUGGGAGGGGAACAGGUCUACUUGUUUGACCUGACUUGCAAACAGCGGCCGUACACUUUUCUCCUGCCAAAGAAGUGCCACUCUUCAGGAGAAGUGCAGAAUGGAAAGACCUCAACCAAUGGAGUGUCAAACGGCAUUCACCUCCACAGCAACGGAUUCAGAUUGUCCGAGGGAAGAACACAUAUCAGUCCCCAAAUUGAGCUGCCUCCGUAUCUGGAAAAAAUUAAGCAGCAAGCCAAUGAGGCAUUUGCAUGCCAGCAGUGGACGCAAGCCAUCCAGCUGUACAGCAGAGCAGUUCAGAAAGCACCCAACAACGCCAUGCUGUACGGAAACAGAGCUGCUGCCUACAUGAAGCGCAAGUGGGAUGGAGAUCACUAUGAUGCUUUAAGAGACUGCUUAAAGGCUAUCUCCCUGAACCCAGGCCACCUGAAAGCCCACUUCCGCCUGGCCCGCUGUCUCUUUGAACUGAAGUAUGUGUCAGAAGCACUAGAGUGUCUGGAUGACUUCAAAGGGAAGUUCCCAGAACAGGCGCAUAGCAGCGCUUGUGAUGCACUGGACCGAGACAUCAAUGCAGCCCUCUUCUCUAAAAGUGAUAAUGCUGAAGACAAGAAAGGGGGCGGUCCAAUUCGACUGCGAGCAACUGGGCGCAAAGACUCCAUCUCGGAUGAUGAGAUGGUGCUGAGGGAGCGCAGCUACGACUACAAAUUCCGGUACUGUGGCCACUGUAACACCACCACAGACAUCAAGGAGGCCAACUUCUUUGGCAGCAAUGCACAGUACAUAGUCAGCGGCUCAGACGAUGGGUCUGUCUUCAUCUGGGAGAAAGAAACUACCAACCUGGUGCGGGUGCUGCAGGGGGAUGAGUCUAUUGUGAACUGUCUCCAGCCCCACCCGAGUUACUGCUUCCUGGCCACCAGCGGCAUUGAUCCAGUUGUGCGGCUCUGGAAUCCAAGGCCAGAGAGUGAAACCCUCAAUGGGCGUGUCGUGGAAGACAUGGAAGGCGCUUCGCAAGCUAACCAGAGACGAAUGAACGCAGACCCCCUGGAGGUGAUGUUGCUGAACAUGGGCUACCGUAUCACAGGACUGACCAGUGGGGGGGCUGGAGGCUCGGAUGAUGAAGACAGCUCAGAGGGGCAAGUCCAAUGCCGGCCCAGCUAAAGCAGAAUGGCUUGUCCUUCCUGUAAUUGUUGUGUUGAAGGGGAACCUGGUUUCCUUGGUUCUAAACUUUCUCUGACUGCACUGUUUCACACUAUGCACAGAGUAGGACAAGCUGGCAGGGGCAGGAGCGGCCUUUUCAUUAGACCACCGCCACCACCUCUCCCCCUCCUCCUCGUCACACUACUGAGCAGCAUGGCAAUGCAGUCUGGGUUUUGCCUUUAGUGGAAUUUAGUCCCUGCAGGGAUUUUGAGUUGUCUGUGAGCAGUAUAAACUGGUGACCUUCUCCAGCGUCAGCAGGAGGAAGGGACAUUGGCUACAUUCAUGCAUUUGCAGAGGAUUCUUAAUGUCCCAAAUAAAAUGUAAAUCUAGGGCAGGGACUAUGGAAUGACUUUACUGCAGCAGUCUUGGUCUCUGAAGCUUUUGGCUUAGCUGCUCUACUGCCGGCCCUGGUCUGGGACUGUUGGUCAUAAUGGAAAAUCUCUUUGGCCCACUGAACAUCUCACUAGCGUUCAUCUGGUCUCUAUCUCUUACCGUAUGGUCCUUGAAAGGGACUGUGUUUGUGUUUAAAAAUGGAUGGUGGCCAAUUGUUGUCUCUGGGUAUCUACCUUAGCUGAUGAGUAAAAGGAGACAUUGAGUACAUGCAAAUGGAGGGGGGGAUGGAACUGCCUUCCCGGCUUUAAUAUCCGUUAUUUUCCUCUGUGUGGCAUGUGAACCAGUAGAGUAAAGAUGCAGUAAUGGGAGAAGAUUUGGCCUGGGGUAUGAGGCUUGGAUGACUAAUGUGGGCAGAGCUACCAAGGAAAGUGGCUAAUAGCAUUCUUCCAAAGCUUCCAUCUCCUUCACCCAAAAUACUUUUUAGAUCUAUUUACCUUCUCCUUUCCUAGCACCCACGCUCUGGUAUUGGGAAUGCUGCUGCCACACACUAUGGCAUCUGGAGUUUGAGUUUCUAGAAGGUGAAAUUUUAGUGCCAUCAGUUACUCAGAAUCUCCACUCCUUGCCUCAGCUGAGGUGACGUCUCCCUGCCUCAUCGCCAUGGUGAUCGCCCUCUUGUGCAACAAGUAGAGGGGGUACUGUGGGUUGGUGAUCCUCUCAGGAGCAGUCCUUGCUUUCCUCACUUUUCCCGUGCUAACUAUCCGCAAAGCCAGGACUGGUGCUUCAUAUCUUUAGAAUAUAGCACUGUAUUUCCGCUCUUUUUUUUUUUUCCCCCAGGUAAUUUUCAGCCCUGUGUCCCCUCUUGCACUUGCCAGACAGUAAAUAUCCAUUUGAUCUUAGAUGACUGUGCUACAGCCUAAGUAGAACUGUUUUUUUUUAUGACUAUCAACUAAAACCAAAGAGCCCCUGGAGAUCUUACUGCUUUCUUGCACUCUUUACAUUUUGCUGCUGAGGAUCUAAAUAUGCUAACAUUGGUCCCAGGAGUGUGGGGGUUGUGUGUAUGAGCGUGCUGCCUUAGGGCUGUUUCCCCACAUGGUGGAAUCCCCUGGUCUUCCUGUACCUCUUGCGGAAGGGUGAGUGGCCCAUCCCUCCUUCUCUGGCGGCUGUGUGCUGCCACACAUUGAAGGGAGGAUUGGCUGGGUGUUGGCUGAUCAGUGUGACUGGCUUCCCUCCCACCACCACAGCCUGCUCUACCUGCUGUACAACAAGGGUGAGGCAAGUAUGAUCUAAAGAGGUCUGUGGUGUGUCCCACGGGCUGCUCCCUUUGUAGUACAGGAUCUACACUGCAGUGUUCAGCAGACCCCUAGCAAGCAAUGCUCAACCUUCUACCUGCUGCAAUCCAGGUGGAGCUAGCUGGACCCAUAUGGUCUCUGCCGGCUGCACCUCUGCCUCUAAGACACAAAGGCAGCCAAUGUCUGCUCCGUCUUACCCAGGUGAGGCUCAGCCCUCAUGUGCUUUGGGUCACUUGGAGGUGCACCUUGUGAAGAUAGAGUGCUUCUAUGCUCUUCAGAGCCUCCAGGGACUAGGACAGGUGGUAUUCGUAGUCCAAGCAAAUGUAACCUCAGAUCUUCUUCCCUCCAGACAAGACUUUCCUGGGACAGGCCAUCUCUUGGGGGGUGCUUAUGCCUUUCGCAUUCUUGCCUGGUUAACUUUUUAAUAUACCACCAAUGUGAUACAUGCAACUCUUCACACAGCUGUGCCCAUUUAGUUGUGUACAGGCUACUCCCUGCAGCGGUGUGCCAGAAUUCCCAGGUGCUUGGUGUUUAAAAUCCAUUGGCAGUAGAAAAUGGCUCACUUGUGGGUUUUUUUGUUUUUUUUUUUUUUUUAAAUUGGCCUGGAGUUUUUUGCCUAAAGCUUUCCAAUAGACACAUCUUUCUUUCUCCUCCCUCUCCUUAAACUUUGCAAGCUUUUUCUGGACUCUCUCUUUUUAACGCUCAAAUCUACUGAGAGUAGAGACUCUCUAAAAAGAACAGAACCAUAAGCUCUCCUGGGGUUUCUCUUUCCAUUCAGCUUAUGCCAUGGCAGCUGUUUUUCUGCGUGCCAGCGUAGCUCUCCUACCUGCUAGCUGCAGUGUGAAAGCUACAAGACUUCCUGCCUCUGCAGUGGAUAUCUUCCUUUUUAUUUAAAUAGCUGCUUUUGAUUUAAAAAGAAGGAAAUAAUAGUGGGGUUGAAAGGAGGAGUCCCUCUGGCCCUAAUCCCUCAUUUUGGACAGAUUCUGUCUGCUUUACCACUUGUUAAUGAGAAAUUCCGUAUUUAUUGGUGAAGGAAAAACAGACUGGGGAAGAGAUGUUGCUUUAUUUACCUCUGCUGUUUUCUUCUACCCUUCCCCUUGAAAAGAAGCUCCUCCAUUUUUUUUGGUUAACUCUUUCUAACCGAGGCUAGGCAGAGAUUACACCUUUUAUUUUUGUAUUUUAGCAGUGGGGAAUCUCCUUAGAGCCUCUAAGAUUCCUUUGGAUGUUGCAAAGACAACUGCUCAUAGCUUUUAAAUAUCAAAGAGGACAGUCUCCCAACCUCUGCCCCUGCAGUUGUAGAGAUAACACACAAGCCUUCCUGUCCUCAUUAACAGGAUCAGAAUAUUUCUGUUUCUCUGGUCCCUGGAAGAGAAAGGGUUAAGCAAUUAAACAGUUCUUUGUUCUAGUU